CAAGACCCUAAGGGGAAUCCAUAUGAUACCACAGGACAAUUCAACUACAUCUGUACAUUAAAGACAAUUUCCCGGAUUCAUAUUGAUUCAAUAACAAACUGCGCAAACAAAAUCGCUGUGUGCAAAUGUACUUUGUUUGAUGCACUGGUUGGUCGGGUUGCGCCAAGCUCAUUGACGCGCCCUGUGACGUUGGGCCUGACAUCUGAAAACCACCCCCACUCCCCCGGACCUCAGCCGCGACAGUUCACUUGUGACAACCCAUCCACAUCUGCCUACGCCCAUCACGAUACAACCCUCUCGUAUAUCCCGCAAGCUCAACUCGACUUCCCUUACAUAACCCUACCACCGCUCUUUGGGGAACCACGCCACCACCAUCAUGCCGGACCGAAGUGCUGCCGCAAUGAACUUGGCCAUCACGUUGAAGGUGAGGCAGCUCAUACAGACCAACAGCACAAAGUUUCUCACACUGGACAGACGAACGCGAGGUCCCUGACCCGGCAAGCAAAUGCCGCUAAGAAGCAAGAAGCACUGGAGCGGUCAAAGAUGGAGAAGGAAAUGAAGAAAGGUCGGCCACAGAUCGCUCGCAUUCAUGCCCAAAACGCCGUCCGAAAGCAGAACGAAGAGCUCAAUCUGCUUACACUCGCCUCUCGAAUCGACGCAGUCGCCAGUCGAGUGCAGACGGCUCAAGCACAGGAGCAGCUUGCAAGAAACAUGGCUCAGGUCAACAAGGCCAUGGAGGUUGCAAUGAGAACGACAAACUUGGAAAGGGUCACCACCAUCAUGGACGGCUUCGAGAAGAACUUCAAUGAUCUCGAUGUCAUGGACGAAUACACUCGCGAAGCUACCUCGUCUGCUACUGCUGUCGGUAUGCCGCAAGAUGAUGUGGACCGAUUGAUGGCCGAGACCGCGGACAAGGUCGGCGUCGAGCUAAGCCAAGACUUGCAGCAGGCGACUCCCGCGCAAACCAAGAUUGGACCGACUGAGGAAGAGGAACAAGGCUUGUCGGAACGUCUCCGCGCGUUGCGCAGCUGAUUGGGUUCAUCUUGUGGCAUGUUCUUCCACGCUUUCAUGGCAUGUUAAGGAUUUUU